AUGCCCCUCCCUGAAGAUCUGGACGAGGACCAUGUGGAGGACGACUUCGAUUUCUCAGACCCCACCGAUGGUCCACAAACCACUGCAUAUCGACAUGCGCACACAGAGACUGCGACACUCGGUCCAAAUGGAGGAGACGACGACGACGAUGACAUGGAACACGAAACGGAAACACCUCCGACUACCGGACCCCACAUUGAAACACCAUCGACCGCACCAGAGAAAGCCAUCAAACCCGCCUACUGCUGGACCCCGUGGUUCGACAGAGACGAUCCUUCUGGUAAAGGAGACUAUGAGACUAUUUACCAUCUGCGAAAGGAAAACCCUGGAAAGAUCUGCGACAAACCUCGUGGCAUGCAGGUCCAGACCAUCUCAGGACUGCCAGCCUCCUCCACCGGGAACAGCUUUUACAAGAACGACCUAACCACAGGAUUCAUCUGUAGAAACAGAGACCAGAAGAAAGGUCGCUGUCUGGACUAUAAGGUCCGCUUCUGGUGUCCCUGCGUACCAGAGUGCUGGACUCAGUGGUUCGACGUAGACGAUCCCACCGGAACUGGAGACUGGGAAACUCUCACCUUCUUACGCCUUCAUUAUCCUGGAAAAAUCUGUAAAAGUCCGCUGGAGAUCGAGGCCCAGACCACGGCAGGAGUUCCAGCUGCUGCUACGGGACAGUACUUCUACAGGUAA